CGGUUAGCGGCUUCUGAAAAGCAUCGGUUGCGUCGCGAGUCGAAGAGUCGCGUGUGCCACGAGGGAUGCCAUUUCGAGUGCCGUCAGCGUGACCGAUCCUCUGUCGACGAUGACCUCUCGCAGAAUUGUGCCUCGAUCGCUGAUCCUCUGGCUGCUGCUUCUUGCCCCCUGCUGUUCCAUCGGUGAUAAAUUGUCUCCGGAUCAGAAGGCACCUCAGUUUGCUCGGGGUUCCGGUGGACUGAUCCUAAACACGCCGUUCGAGGACAAUAAAGCCAGAAACCGUCCAAUCGGAAGUGCGAACGCGAACGCAAACGCACCGGACGGGGUGCAGAGAGAGGAAACCGAGAUGCUAAAAGAGGUGAACGGCGAGUUGGUACGAACCGUGAAAGGAAGCUUUUCUUACGACAGCCCCGAGGGUCUUCCAAUUUCUGUCAAGUACGAGGCUGACGAGAAUGGAAACAGAGCCAGUUUCAAGUUUGGCACCGGCGGAGGGGCUGGCUCGGGUGGUUCGGGUCGUCCUUCGGGGCCGAAAGGAGGAAACGGUGGUCGUGGAGGCCAAACCGAUCAAGGAUCUAAGGGAAAAGGUGACUCGUAUCUACCGCCGAAAGACGUCGACAGAAGCUAUCUUCCCCCGCAAUAGGACA